UUACACAGAGGCGCCAGUGUAUUAUUAGACAACAACGUACGCCACUCAAAGCUACUACACCGAAGCUCCCGCCUACUAUACCACAAAGGCCCCUGAGUAUUACACCACAACCUACGCUUCUCCGUCUUACUACACUGAGGCCUCAAAAUAUUACUCAGCUCCGAGCUACACAACAACUGUGUCGUACUACACCACGACAGAGGCGCCCAAGUACUACGUGGCUCCAACAUACUACCCCGUAGCUGCCCCGUCUUACUAUGCUGAGCCUGCAUACUACGCUGAAGCCCCGAAGUCUUACGCUGCUCUAAGUUACUACCCAACGACUGCUCCUUCGUACUACGUGGAACCUAGCUACUACACCACAACUUAUGCUGCCCCGUCUUACCACACAGAGGCUCCUCAAUACUACACCACGAAGGCUGCUGAAUACUAUACCACGACUUACGCCGCUCCAGCCUAUUACAGUGAGGCUCCUCAGUACUACACUACAAAGGCUCCCGAGUACACAACAUAUGCUGCGCCAAGCUACUAUACCGAGCCUCCCAUGUACUACACCACAACGUACGCCGCUCCAGCUUACUACACCGAAGCUACCAAGUAUUACUCAGCCCCAAGCUACUACCCGACUGAGGCGCCACAAUACACCACCACGUAUGCUGCUCCAGUUUAUUACACCGAAGCUCCUGAAUACUACACCACAAAGGCUCCUGAAUACUACACGACUAAAGCCCCGGAGUAUUACACACAGAAGGCUGAAUACUACACCACAACGUACACUGCCCCGGCUUACUACACUGCAGCUCCCAAGUAUUACCAGACUGAGGCUCCGCAAUACUACACCACCAAGGCGCCGGAAUACUACACCACAACGUAUGCUGCUCCGAGCUACUAUUCCGAAACCCCCAAGUACUACGCCACUACCUACGCUGCCCCGGCUUAUUACACCGAGGCUCCGCAAUACUACACCACCAAGGCUGUUGAAUACUACAUGACGAAAGCCUCGGAGUACUACAUCAAGAAAGCAGAAUACUACACCACAACUUACGCAGCUCCAUCUUACUUCACUGAGGCUCCCCAAUACUAUACUACAACGGCCCCCGAGUACUACACCACACCGUAUGCUGCACCAAGCUAUUACACUGAGCGUCCCAGGUAUUAUUAAUCGUAAAAAUACGUU